AGGCAGCCUGAUGCCAAGUGCUGCUCUGGGCUCCAUCUGGGAGGUGCUUAGCCAUCCCCGUGGGCCUGCCGAUGCCCACAUUCAGGACCAAGUGCUCUCUCUAUGCAGGUGCCAGUCAGUCCUUGCCCUGGGUGCCCAUCAGCAUUUCCCACCCUCCAACAGCCUGCACACACUGACAUGUCUGUCCCUGCACCAACCAGGCUUCACAAUCCAUGGGGCGGUGGGGGGGGUCUUAGCCAGCCAGGCUUCAACAAACAAGAAAUGUCCUCACUUCCAUGUCUCUCCCGGAGCUGUUGUGUGUCUGUCUUGUCAAGGACUUCUCCAUUCCCCUCCCCCCUCUCUUCUCCUGGCUGGCAAGAAACUCCAGGGAAUCCUGCUCUGGGGGAGGGGCCUGCUAUAAAGGGGCCAGGUCGAGUGCCCGCUGGGGACUUGCUGCCGCCCAGCCUGACCAUGGAGAUCCCCGUGCCCAUCCAGCCGUCCUGGCUGCGCCGCCCAGCCUCCGUAGCCUUCCCCAGCCUCAGCACCCCAACCAGGCUCUUCGACCAGCGCUUUGGGGAGGGUCUGCUGGAGGCGGAGCUGGCUGCACUCUGCCCUCAGGCCCUAGCCCCCUACUACCUUCGGGCACCUAGCGUGGCCCUUCGGGCUGAUCCUGGCCCCGGAGAGGUGAGCCUGGCCAAGGGGGAGUUUUCAGUGUUGCUGGAUGUGAAGCACUUCUCCCCAGAGGAGAUUAAUGUCAAGGUGGUGGGAGACCAUGUGGAAGUACAUGCCCGACAUGAGGAACGCCCGGAUGAGCACGGCUUCAUCUCCCGGGAGUUUCACCGCCGUUACCGUCUACCAGAGGGUGUGGACCCUGCAGCAGUGACCUCAGCCCUGUCCCCUGAGGGGAUCCUGUCUAUCCAGGCCCCGGGCACCACCCCGGGGACCCAGGCAGCUGAGCAUACUGUGCCCAUUGCCCAGGGGUCAGCCCCUGGGGCUAAGUAGGAGGGGUUCCUUUUACUCCCAGGAAAUGGGGCUGCCACAUUCAGACCGGGCUUCCAACUAACUC